UAAAAACCUGGCGGGCCCCCCUUGAUGAGUCCAAAAGGAACCGGAUGGAUGAUCGUGGUCUUUGGGCUCUGCUGUUUGCAUACCGCAUUCCUGGUCCGCUGGGCGUUCUCAUAUUGCUAGGCCUGCCCGUGGCUGCUGAAAGGACGCGAGGAAUCGGCGGGCGCUUAUCUCUCGAUCGGCGAGGUCUCCAUUUCCUGGCGGCGCAGGGUUUGAGACCUAACCAUGGCCGGCGCAGCCAUGAUUUAGCCACACAGAUCCGACGGUUGAUUUGCAGGAGUUGCAUGGCCGUUGCCCAUUCCGCCUCCCUGAUUGUGUUUGCUAGGGAAGGGAUUGGUAAGCUUCCUGCGGCCCUCACGAUGGAUCGAAACGUUGAGCGCUGGACGGUAUUUGAUUAGCUCUGGGCUCAAUAAUGUGCCGUCGGAAGCAAUCCACGAUAUCCGGCCUCGAACAAUGUUAGCAUGCCAAUCCGUUAUUCAACUUGCCGACCCGAAUCCUAGUGACUCGCUCACCUGUAAAUGAAAACAGCCUCCAAACAGCCCGGUAACGUUGAAGGACAACGGACUGGGUGUUGAACUUGGAAAUCAUGAGCCGAGGUCCCGCUGCCGUAACGAAGUGACAGUGGCAUGCGAAUAUGGGUGCGGUGAAAGGCCUGAAGUGAAACGGAGCCGGACCCUGUCUCAGCCUUCGUUGAUGCGACGACACCAGACGGAGCGCAACCGGCUGCCAACGACGUCCAUCUCUAUCCGUUUAGCACCCCACGCUUCUAUCCCAACCCGGUGGUUGCACAAAGGGAGCGGCCCGUCGUAAGCUGGCGUGCUCCAACUUGGCUUUCGACGUCAGUUGAACGAUGUGAAGAGUUCCGCGGACCCAGCGCGAGCUU